AGAUUCUUUCAGCAGAUAGAAAAAUGACAAUAAUUGUAGGCUGGCAAUUGAGCAAUAAAGAUGCCCAAUUAGAUAUUUUUGAAGAGUUGAUGAGAUUUUAUACUGAUGUUCCUAAAAAUAAUUAAGAUAGGAGGAUGUUAACUAUAAUUAAGCAACUGAACUAGAAUUUAGAUUUAAUUGAUUUUUUGUAAUUCUAAUUUGAAUAUUGAGAAGAAAGUUUAGAAAAGUUCAUAAAAUAAGGGGG